AACGCAGGUCGUCAUCAACGCUGGAAUCUACUACAUGCAUCACUUUUACGAGGUGUUUUCUCCGGAAACAAUCAAGCCUAUUUUGGUUGCCAUCGCUUCCUUUUACUGUGCAUGCAAAACAGAAGACUUUUCUCGGAAGUUAGCAUUUAUCAUUAAGGCCACGUACGAAAUUUUGAGGCGACCCGUUCCCAAUGAGUCCUCCGACACAUUCAAACGUUUGGUUCAAAAUAUUCAUGCUUUGGAGGCUACUAUUCUGAUGGUUAUUGGCUUUCAAACCCUUGAAGUGAAACAGCCUCAUGUGCUGCUGAUUAACGCAAUACGGGCGAACAAGUUCCCCAAAGAAAUAUCCCACACCAGUUACUACAUAUGCACCAAUAUUCUUCAUCUCACCACCCUGAUCCUGAGGCACUCAGCGGAGGCGAUAGCUGCAGCCAGUCUUUACAUCGCUGCGAAAUGGAAUUCGUCGGACAUCCAAUCGGCAAAUGGGGAGUGGUACCACAUCUUCUCUCCAGCGCUCACUUUUGACGAGAUAGCCAAAAUCACAGAUGAGUUCACCAGAACCUUUCAGGCAUGUGAUUUGAAAAUCAAGGAGCAACUGCGAGCUUCUUUACGUUCGCGCAAGCUACAGCGCGAGCAAAAGGACGAAUCUGUGGUCUCCCGCAUUCAAGAGUUGCAUAAGAAGGCGAUUGCUGAUUCAACUCCGUCUCUUAAAUCGGGCUCAUGGAAACCUUUGCUCGUUGAUGGAUGGAUAGCACUUAUGCUAAAAGCUAACUUAUCUGUGUAG